AUGUCCGAGCCUUUAUCCGUCACCGAGAACAAGUUGAACGAGCUCAAUAAAAAGAUCGUUGAGAUCAAGAAGAAAAUCCAGUUGUCAGAGGGCCAGAGAAAAGCCAAUUUUGAGGAAUACAAUGCGAAGAAACAAGAAAACAUUCAGAGAAUCGCUGAUCUCAAGAAAGACGUCAAAGAACUUUACGUGAAAUAUGCCAGAGCAAAAAAUAACAAGGAAGCGAUAGAACGCGCCGCUCUGCUGAGUCGCGAUUCCAUAGCGUGUACGAAUAAAUGUAAUUUGGAGGAAAUACUAGCCACGGCGACUGAGAAUAACGUGCGUCUCAGAAAGAAACUGGAUCUGAUUAAGUACGAGAGGGAAAAGCACAAGCACACUUUGAACGUUCUACGAACAGAGUGUAAAGACUUAAAGCGCAGACGUGGCCAUUGCGUAUUCGCGAAGAAAACCGAAAAUCCAAUGAAGAAGAAAAUCGAGAGUCUGGAGGUUCAGCUGGAGCGCAUUCGAAUGAUGCAAAUUAAAAAUAAUAUCACCCGCAUGAAGUACCGCUCCGUCUGUUCCGAGUUGAAAGAGAAGUCGGUCUUUUACGCCUCCAUUCUGAAGGAUCUGGAGGACGACAUCAGGCAGCAAGAGAAUGAGAUCAGACGCUUACAGGGAGUGAAGGAGGAAGCCAUCGAAUUAAGAGACAGCACUCAGGAGACUCUGGUGAGAGAGGAGAUCGAGGAGACAAAUUCUAGCAAGAAACGCGACUCGAUCAUCAAAGAGUACAGACAGCGCGUGUCGGAGCGGAAGAUGGAACUGGAGCGACUGGAACGCAUGAUAUUCCAGACUCGUCCGCGGGGCGAUUUUGCAACACGUGGGAAGAGUCGCGUACAGGCGCAUGAGGACAUUAUCAAGGACGAAUUGACGCGGCUGGAGGAGACGUUCGCCAAGCUGCGGAACGCUACCGGAGUGUCCAGAUCCGAGGAAGUUCUGAACCGGUUUCUGGGUCAGCAGGCGACCAAGGAGAGUUUACAGAAAAUGCGGGCGGCCACGGAGCAGGAGAAGAUGGUGCUGGAGAAGAAGAGGCAGGAACUCAGCGCCGAAAUCGAGACGAGGAAGUUUUCGGAAACUAAGAGCAACGAGCAGAAUGCGGAGGAAGUGGCGAGGCUCAACUCUCAGAUUGAAGAGCAGCAAUCUCGCAUGAAAAGCGCCGAGACCGCGAGUCGGCGAAUCCGCGAGCUUUUGAGCGAAGUAAACGGCAGGUUGUACAAUCUGUGUGAAAAGUUUCAGAAAUGA